AUGUCUGCAUCUGAGGAGACAGGGCCCAUGUCCUUCUCGACCCCUGAGGGAUCCCCCAGCCUUGACAGCCCAAACGAUGGUCUGGACUCCUCCAGCCUCUCAGGCUCAGGAAGGGACUCCUCACUUGGGACUCUCCAGGUGGAAUUUCCAUCCUUUCCCAGGGCGACCACCCCAGCUUCACCUCUACCUCUACCGCACGACUUCGACUUCCCGUUCCCCCCUAAAGAGCACAGGGGACAGUCACGAGACUCCAUGGACUCGACACCAACUUCUUCCCUCGUGGUUUCCUCACUGUCACCCGGCUUCUCAAUAAUGUACCACAUGUUCGUACCGUCAUCGCCUAGUCCUUCAUGCCCAGCCCUCAGGGAUUCCCCACCGGCCCGAAGCUACUCGCCUCCCACCAACCCUCGGAGACCCCGGCGGGAAAAAGAGGCCAGCCCCCAGGGCAACACUGGUGCCUGCCACACCUCCCAGAUCUCUUCGGCGGGGUCUCCCCUGGGCUCGCCCUCGGCCUUGAGCUACUCGUCUAUCAGCAUCUCUUCCGUGGGGUCUCCCCUGGGCUCUCAAGUGGCCCACGGCUGCUCGCUCAACACUCCUCCGAGACCCCAGCGGGAGACCGAAGCCAGCCCCCGGAGCCCCAUUGGUGCCUGGCACACCUCCCCGAUCUCUUCCGCGGGGUCUCCCGUAGGCUCGCCCUCUGCCCUGAGCUACUCGCCCAUAAGCACCUCGUACGCGGGGUGGUCCCUGGGCUCGCCCUCGGCCCUAAGUUACUCGCCCAUCAGCAUCUCUUCUGCGGGGUCUCCCCUGGGCUCACCCUCGGCCCUGAGCUACUCGCCCAUCAGUGUCUCUUCCGCGGGGUCUACCCUGGGUUCACACGUGGGCCCCGGUUGCUCGCCCAACACGCCUCCGAGACCAUGGCGGGAGACCGAAGCCAGCCACCAGGGCCCCACUGCUGCCUGGCACACAUCCCCGAUCUCUUCCGCAGGGUCUCCCCUGGGCUCGCCCUCGGACCUGAGCUACUCGCCCAUCAGCAUCUCUUCCGUGAGGUCUCCCCUGGGCUCGCCCUCGGCCCUGAGCUACUCGCCCAUCAGUGUCUCUUCCGCGGGGUCUACCCUGGGUUCACACGUGGGCCCCGGUUGCUCGCCCAACACCCCUCCGAGACCAUGGCGGGAGACCGAAGCCAGCCCCCGGGGCCCCACUGCUGCCUGGCACACCUCCCCGAUCUCUUCCGCGGCGACUCCCCUGGGCUCGGCCUCGGCCCUUAGCUACUCACCCAUCAGCAUCUCUUGCGCGGAGUCUCCACUGGCUUCCCCCGUGGCCCCCGGCUCCUCGCCCCAGUGGGGGACUGAAUCGAGCCCCCGGGGCACCACUAAUCCCUGGCAGACCUCCCCCAUCUCUUCCACUGGGUCUCCCCUGGGCUCACCCACAGGCCCAUGGGACUCUCUCGUGGCCCCCCGCUCCUCUCCCACCACCCCCAAAUUUCUGCCCGAGUUGGCGUGGGCAAAAGGCCGAGCCCACAGGAGCCUGGGUCUUGCCUGUUUCUCCACGGCGGCAGUCACUGUCACACACCUCCCCGUGGAAGAGACCUUCGUGCAUCCCGAGGGCACACACACCCUUGCCCUUCACCUUGCUAUUGUCACCCACUGGCUCUCAAGAGAGAACGGUCUCAAGGCCGUCCUCAGCACCCUUGCGCUUAUCGGCGGGACCCUCUCACACUCCCACUCCCAGGGCCAUACGGCCAGCACCCCCAGCCUGCUGGUGUCCUUGUGGGCGACACUGCAGACAGCGCAUGAAGCUGCUCAGAGGAACCCUGUCUGUCCGAGUGGGCAGCCUGCCCAGGGGGCCAUCUUGCCGCCUGCACCGCCAGACACACUUCUGGCCGCAGCAGCCAACCUCAAGUGA